AUGCCUGUCGCCGUAAACCUCCAGCUCGCCAACGGCAUCAACCUUCUGGAGGCCAUGGCGUCCGCCGAAAAGCAGAAGCCGUACCACGCUGCCGUCGCUGUCAUCUACAUCGUCAAUGAAAUCUUCAACAUGCGCAGAGAGAUCAGGGAGAGCCUCGUCACCUUCCUUGCGAACGUCAACGUAAAUCGGGUGCCCGACGCCGCCGUGGAUCAAUUGGAUCACGGGUUAUUGGCGGGCAGCGAGGCCUCCGAGGCGGAUUCCGUGUGCUUCACCAACAUGCAGCAUCAGUGCCAUGUAUCGUUGCUGGUGAGGAACUGCAUGAGUUGUGUGUUUCCGAGCAGGAGUUUCUCGAGUAAACGCGUGAUGAAAGCUUAUUGGAUCUUGGCUUGGCUCGGAAACCCCAUGGUGCUGGCUUCGGGAUAUCAAGUCAGAUACCGACGACCGAUUCACCUUUGCCGUAGACGUUCAACCUGA